AUGGAAGAUCAAAAAAGAAUUUUAGUUCCCUUAGCUCCAAGCUUUGAAGAAAUAGAAGCUAUUACUGUAAUUGAUUUAUUUCGUCGUAUAGGAGCAGAUGUUACAGUUGCAUCAAUUUUAAACAAAAGUGAAGGAUUAGUAGUGAAAGGCGCUAAUGGAGUGCAAGUUUUAUGCGAUAAACAUUUAGAUGAAGUAGUUAAUUAAGAUUUUGAUAUGAUUGCAUGUCCAGGAGGUAUGCCAGGGGCAUAACAUUUAAGUGAUUGCUAAAUUCUCAUUGAAAGAUUAAAGAAAUAGAGAGAAUAAGAUAAAUAUUAUGCUGCAAUUUGUGCCGCUCCAUAUGUCAUAUUUGAGAAGCACGGAUUUUUGAAUAGUUAAAUUGCUGGAACUUGCCAUCCUGGAUUUGCUGAUAAACUUUCCAAUAAAUCUAAAAUUGACUAAGAUGUUGUUGUUACAGGUAAAUGCAUAACUUCUAAAAGUGCAGGAACUGCUAUGGAUUUUGGACUUUAGCUUCUUAGAUUACUCUAUUCUGAAUAAAAAGUUCUUGAGGUAUUAAAAAGAUUAGCAUAUAGAAAAUGA